GCGGCAACAUUCGACGGUAAAUUUUUUUCAAAGGUUUGAUAGUUAUAAACAGAAACAAACGAGAACAAACAGUUGUGUGGAAAAUGCGACACAACGAGUCACCGUCUUUGGACGGCGUCAUAGACCCUGGCGGAGUACUUUUGCAUCCGUACUGUUAUGUUUGCAACCAUUCGGCGCUGCAAGACGAAAUCGGCUUUUGCCAAAUGUUUGCUGAGAUCGACGAGAACGUUAUAACCCCAGCUAAGAUCCUUUCCGACAUACUGGAAAUCGAAAUCUCAACUGACCUUGCCCACUCACAGAUAGUUUGUGUGAAUUGCAACAUGAUGUGCCUGGAGUACCAGCAACUGAUACAACGGGCGGAGACGAUUCGCAUUGAAAUGACGAUGGCGUACAACCAAACCGUUAUGAAACUAGCCGGUUUGACGGAGAAAGAUUUGAAGGAGAAUGAAGGGGCGACAGGCAGUACCGAAGAACAUUUAGAAAGCGCACUACACAACUUCAACAAGGAGUUGAUGUCCAUCGAAGAUGUAUUUCAAAUAGACGGUAUUGCACCGAACGCUAUCGAAGGAGAUCCCGUACAAAAUCCGGAUCAUAUGGAAGAAAACCUAUCGAAAAUGGGAUUAGUUUGGCCAUCCGGAUCGGCAGAUUCCCAGCAGCCUAUCAAUGUAACUUCACUUUUGCCUGCAGAUGAUGAAGCAGAAAGUGAAAAGGUUUCAGACGCGAAAGAAGAACAGUCGCAGUUAGUCGGUUCGGAAAAUUCAUCCAACGAUCUUGCAACUGCUGCGACGCUAAUGAUCUCGGAAAAUAGUGCGCCAGACCUUUUAUCUAGUGAACACAGUUUAGAGCAGUACAUAAGUGAACCCAGCAAAGCUAUCGUAGAAGUGGCUAGUGAAGAUGGAACAGUGUAUUGCAUUUACGGAGAUGUUAUUGAAUCGUACAGUGAUGGUGAAGAAAACAACGAUACUGCUUCGAAUAUUGAAACCACAGAGAAUGAAAUAGAGUAUGAUGAAAUCAUCGUCGAAAGUUCAAUCCAAGAUUCUGAAAAUCGUUUGAAAACAACUACAGAAAAAACAACUGAUACUGUGUCCGAGUCGAGCGUGGAGAAAAGCGACGAUACAACUCCUCAAACAGUGAACAAUGCAGACAACAGCAGCUCACAUCCGUUGUUCGUCAAAAUUGACGGCAUCUACUACUGCACGCUAUGCUCCACACGUGGGCAGGUAGAUUCAUACAGCAUAAAAACCAUUACAUUGCAUUUGAAGAAAGAGCAUGGAGAAAAGAUACUCAUUUGCGAACGAUGUGACGCAAUGUUCUACCGGCGGCCAACCUACAAUGAGCAUAUGGACCAGCACACGAUCGAGGAUUGUAGGGACUUCUGUUGUGAUGUCUGUGGGAUCGAGUUCACGGAAGCUCGAACGUUACGGCUGCAUCGAAAAACGCACGCUGCCGUCAAUAAAAUGUGGUCCUGUGAUACAUGCGGCAAAAAGUUUACAUCUAAGACUGUCUACGAAGUCCACAAGAAUACACACUUGGGACUGAAGCCUUUCAAAUGUUCCGUUUGUUCGAAAGAUUUUUCUUCCAAGUACAUUCUGACGGUGCAUAUGAAAACACACAAGGAUCGGGUUCGGAAAUUUGCUUGCAGUAAGUGCGAUAGCGCAUUCUACAGUCGCAGUAACCUCCUGCAUCACGAAAAGACGCAUAUUGGGAGUCGAGACUUUCCUUGCAGCGAUUGCGGGAAAUCUUUCUUGUCUCAACACAACCUAAAUGUUCAUAAGGUUAUUCAUGCUAGCACGAAACCUUUCGCUUGUCGUACCUGUGGAAAACCUUUUGCCCGGAAGGCUGAAGUCGCCGAUCACGAACGUAUUCACACCGGUGAGAAGCCGUUUUCAUGCGAUAUAUGCGAUGCCAGUUUUGCUCAACGCUCGAAUCUGUAUUCUCACAAACGACUAACACACUUCAACGAUAAACGUUUCAAGUGUGAAACAUGCGGUGCCUGCUUUAAACGACGAAGGUUGCUCUUGUAUCAUACCAGAGCUACUCAUACGGGCGAACGUCCCUACAAGUGUGAUUUAUGCGAUGCUACCUUUGUAUAUCCAGAACAUUUUCAAAAACAUAAACGCAUUCAUACCGGAACGAAGCCUUUCGCAUGCGAGGUGUGUAAUAAAACUUUUAACAGCCGAGACAAUCGCAAUGCGCACCGUUACGUGCACAGCGACAAGAAGCCAUUCGAGUGCGUCAGUUGUGGAUCUGGGUUUAUGCGCAAGUCUCAAUUGUACACGCACAUGCAGAAAAAGGGUCAUCUUAAUGAAACGAUAGUGAUUAAUCAACCGCGCAUAACAACAUCACACGAAUAUGAAAGUGAGUCGGUACACGAGCCUGUUGUCGGUGAUCAGCAGAAUCCUGGAGGUAGCUACGAAGAGGAAGAUGCGGAAGACAUGACCGAAUCGGCUGAGUACUACCUCCAAGAUACGGAGGACCAACAGGGCGAUACUUCGUGGUCUAAUCUUCUUGAACAAGACGUUAACGAAACCGAUUAGAACUCUCUAAAAUGUGGCGCAGCAGGACAGAGCUAAAUAGCUCUAUCAGGUUAGUGGCAGUAAUGGUGCCAUGGGAUGGACCCCAAAAUUGGAGGUUACGAUCCCUCGUAACCUUAUCAUUCAGAAAUUGAUUAAUUACUUGCUUAAGUCUAUAUUUUGGGUACAAUUACUUAAGAUUGAAAAUAGCUUAAAUUUAAUUAUGAAUGGAUAUCGAAUCUCUAGCGAAGUGUACGAAAUAAUAUCCUAAAUUAUAUUCAUACACUUUUUUAUGAACGCAGAGUAUAUUUCGACACGUGUGGUGAGAGUGACUGGUUUCGCACGAAUGACAGUUCAGCUAAUGUCAAACAACACAAUUUGUACGGUUAUAUCAACCGGUUUGGAUGUUCCAUAAUUCCUAACACCCCCGCUCAAUUGGCGACCCCAAUCAAAGUUCUAAGCCGUUGAAGCCGGAUGGCAUCCAAUGCUUUCAUAAAUAUAUUGCCUUAUUGCUCCUUAGUGCUUAUUUGCUCUAUCUUGAUGCUCCCAGUGUUGUAUAACUCAGUAUUUCGGACGAAAUUUUAAAGACACUGGAAUUAAGUGAACCUCACAGUUUGCCGGUCGGAAUCGAAGAGAGAGACCAUAAUGACGUUUAUUUUGCAAUUGUCAAACCGUAGUUGUACCAUAUUUGGCGCAGUUAAGGAAAUUCUGCAUAAAAAGUUGAAUAACCAAAUCAAUGUUCGGUCAAAUCAUACUACGUUUUGCACAGUGCUAGCCUAACUACCAUAGAACACAAAUAAAAUAAGUGAGAAACUCUUAAAUUAAUAUUUCUUCAAGUUUCAGAAGCCUUUUGUGUGGCACAUUAUGUUCCUAACUUGGCGCAUUGUUUUUGCAAUGUUUCUUACUUGGCGCGAUGUGUUCCUUACUUGGCACACUUAAAACAAAAUGGAUGUAGUUCAUUGAAUUCAACAGGAUUAUUCAAAAUUCAACUUAAAACAAUAGAAACACUUUGCAACAGCAAUUUUAAAAACAAUGUAGCUUUUUUGCUGCGGACUUUGGCUUCUCUCGUGAAAAUAAAACUAUC